GCCUUUUGAGUAACUUAUUCAGUGCCGCAAGUGUCAUGGCAGAAUUAUACGUGCAUUGAGAUUUCGUAAUUUAUUGAUUUUGACGCUUUUAAGCUAAUAUUUCGAUUAAGUGAUCUACGUUACUGUGUGAAAUAUGUGACAAUAAGACGGACGAAGAAUUUUUUUCGUAAAGAUGACAUAUUUUGCCAAUUCAUGAGCAAUGUUUCAAAGCUAAUCGAGCUUUGGUUUUCUAAUCUCAAAAAAAUAAAGUUUGGUAAAUUGUCGUUUGGGGCAUGAUGGGGUAAAACUGCUAUACUUACGGAAUCUCCAUAUAAAGCUGAACUAGAAGAAAGACAAAGACGUAAGAAACCGAAAACACAAAAUAAGAAGACACAAAAGAAACCCAAUAAAAAACUAAAAAGCCACCCAAGAAAAAAAUGAUGAAUCUGAGAGUGACACUGAGGAUACUGAAUAUUAAUACUGUCAGGGUUUGUAUUCUCAAUCUACUGAAGGAUGGAUCACUCAUGUCAGUUGUGUGGAAGAUGGGCGCAUUGUCCAUGUGCAGGAGUUGAAGACGACGAUGAUGAGACAUGGCCGGCGAAGUUAUUCUACUCCGGUACAGGAGCCAAAACCAUAUAAGUCGAUACCGGGGCUGUCAUCAUUACCCAUCCUUGGCCCCAUGCACCAUUUUCUGCCUAUAAUAGGGCAAUUUGGACCAAAGGCGAAUAUAUUCGAUUUGAUCGGUACUUUGCACGAAAAGUUUGGACCUAUUGUCAAAAUGAAAGGGGUAUUCGCCAGAGCUGACGCAGUCAUUCUUUUUAAACCAGAAGACAUUGAUCAGGUUUACAGGGUGCAAGAAGCCAAUCCAUUAAGACCCGGUUUUCAAACACUUGAGUAUUUCAGAGAAGUAACUAAGAAGGGUACACUUGAUGGCAAAUACGGAUUAACAACAGCGCAAGGUGAAAAAUGGCGCGACUUUCGUACGAAGGUUAAUCCAGCUUUACUUAAGCUUAAAUUGGUGAAAGUUUAUGCACCCCCCCUUGAUGAAAUUGCCCAAGAUACGGUACAAAGGAUAAAAAGCCUGAAAGAUGACCAAACCUACAUAGAAAACCACUUUGGUCUAGAAAUGAAUAAGUGGUCCUUAGAGUCGGUAGCGUUCGUGGCUUUGGGAUCACGCAUUGGAUGUCUGGAUGAUACUCAGCCUGAGGACCACCCGGGUCGUCAGCUCAUGCAAUGUAGCAAAGAUAUAAUAGAAAAUGCAUUUGAAUUGGAAUUUUUACCAAGUGUUUGGAAGUAUAUUUCAACACCAGCUUUCAAGAAGAUUAUGAAAACCUAUGAGACGCAAUGGGAUAUUAGUACGGCAUACAUAGAAAAGGCUAGAAAGCAAAUAAAUGCACGGGGACAUGAUGUUCCCGAAGAAGAGAAAAGCAUUGUUGAAAGGCUAUUAGCUAUUGACGAACAAGUUGCCAUUCUGAUGGCUAACGAAAUGUUGAUGGCUGGAAUUGACACGGUUUCCUUCACAGCUACAAGUGUCAUUUAUAAUUUGGCAAUUAAUCCUGAUAAACAAGAAAAACUUCGAGAAGAAAUACGUUCUUCAGAUCCGCACAAACGAUACCUAAGGGCUUGUUUGAAGGAAGCGCUCAGACUCUGGCACGUAGUUCCGGCUAACUUGAGGCGGACAGAUAGAGAGCAUAUUGUGGCUGGAUAUGUUAUACCUAAAGGGGUAGAUGUGAUAGCACCAAAUGAAUUUUUGUCAAGGAUGGAGAAAUAUUAUCCACGGGCUAAUGAAUUUAUUCCUGAGAGAUGGCUGGCUGAUAAAUCUGAUCCAUUGUACUAUGGGAAUGCACCACAGAUGGUGACACUGCCGUUUGGCUUCGGAAUAAGGAGUUGUAUUGGAAGAAGAAUUGCUGAAUUAGAGAUUGAAACGCUCAUGAAGAGAAUAUUUGAUGAGUUCAAAGUUACGUGGGAGGGGCCACCAAUAAAAGUGGUGAACAAAGUAACUAACGCCUUUGCGAAACCUUUUCACUUUAGAUUUGAAAGUGCAAAAUAAUCAAGUAUUUUUUUCAUCUUAAUAUUUUAUAAGUAUGUUUUUUUUUACGAUUGAUGUUAUUGUUAUAUUUAUGGGCUUUUUGUCAUAUCAAUGUGGUAUUGUGCAAUAUUUUGUAUUACAUGCAGACUGUCAUAUAAAAUUGCACGAAUCUAAAAAUAUUUCGAGGAACAUUUGAAUAGAAAGUACUUUGGAUACUUGUUUUUAAGAAAAGUUGUCGUCAAACUUUGUCUAUCUGAAUGUUGGUGUCAGGGAUCAAAAUUAAAUUGUCUUUUUUCUAUGCUACAAAUGAAUAAAUUUUGUUACUCUUAAA